GUUGUUGAGGAGACGACUGAUGUUUCGCCUUCACCUCCUCUUCCUCCUUUGUCUCCAACUCCGGAGAGGAAAGAAACUGAAACCCCUGUGGAUAAUGUGUCGGAGAUCGAGAGGAAAAGCAGUGAUCCCAAUGUUCUGGCAUGUAGCGAGAUGUUACCUGGACCACCUCCGGUGCCACCAGUGUAUGGCGACAAUGAUUCACCCGACGGAAGUGCUGUUGACCACGAGCGGAGGGAAUCCGUGGAUUCUCCUAACUUGCCACAGCCACCGCCAUUCCCAACUCUGAAGAUUUUACCAGUGCCUCCACCGCCACCUCCUCAGUCAUGUGGUCAGUUUGGUUGA